AUGCUUCAGGAUUUCUUAUUCAAUGUAUCAUAUGUGAAGUACCUUGGGAACUCGGGUUUUUUGGAGACAAAUGGCUCUCUUGGAGACCGACCAGAUGGGGUUUUAGCAUCAUUGGUCGAUGAUGCUGCAGAGCAGGUUUAUUCUGCUCUCUGCGACUCUGUAGAUACUCGUCGUUCUCUACUGGCCUUACGGGACCUCAUCCAACAAGCAAAUACGGCUGCAUUCGGUUUCAACGUACCGCUUUCUAGAUUAUUAGUCGAACUACCUGCCUUAUGGCAUGCUGGCAGACUAAUCGUCACUCUUCUACGCAUAUUUGGAUGUGCUGACUCCACCUUACUGGCCUAUAACUCAUCGAGUCCUGUACCUCGAGGCCGAAUAGUUGCAGGCGGCCCAAUUUCCGAUUUAGCUGCGAUGGUACCUCUUUCUGGAGCAGGCACUUCAAUAUUAGUUGAAGAUUUUACUCAAAGGAAGGCAAGUAAAAAUAUAGAGCAUCUUCAUCAUCAGCGACAGAAGUCGAAAAAUGGGCCUGAAGGAACAAGUCGAGAUGAGAAAGAGUAUAGUAAUGAUGUUACAACCUCGCAAUGGCUUUCUCUUGAUUUUGCGGAUCCCCUUCGUAUAUCGCAAAGUCUGCUAUCUGUUCUGAAUGCUACUAACCAGUUUAUUCAUUCGCUUAAUUGCACAGUUUUGUAG